GCGGAGUCUCGCCCUGCAGCAGAGAAGCGCGCAGGAGGCAGAGCGCUGGAAUUUGGCAACAGAGAUUAGAAAGCAUCUUUAACUCUUCCCAACGAUAUGGAUUGACAUAGCGACCCACUGGGAUAUCAAAGAGGAGGGAACAGCCACACACAGGAGUGUGUGCUAGGCUCUAUGUGUGUGGGAUUCCAGCGCUCCUGUUAUUCUAACCACAACACGCACACAAAACCACCCUGCCACAAUGUCACGGAGGGAACGGCCGUGGUCGGUGUACAGAGCCAACACACUGGAGCUUUCUUCAGAGAUGCUUGGACUCGCAUUGGCAGGAAACAGCCAAGACCCCGAUGAGCCAGUACUGGAAUUCAGUCUUGUCUGCAGCGAGCUGUCCACGCCGUCCCUUGACCGAAAACCCAACAGUUUUGUCGCUGUGAGCUGUACAACGCCCCCUCAGGCUUUCUGGACCAAACAUGCACAGACGGAGAUCAUCGAGGGUACAAAUAAUCCCAUGUUCCUCAGCAGCAUGGCUUUCUUCCAAGACUGCAACAUUAACCAGCAUACACAGGUCAAGCUGUCCGUGUACGACGUGAAAGAUCGGUCACAAGGAACGAUGUACCUUCUCGGCUCAGCGAUGUUCACAGUAAAGGAGCUUCUGCAGGAGAAGAACCACAUCCUUAACUUACCUCUCAGGUCGGCAGAAAAUGAGCAUGUGGGAAAUAUCACAGUCAUCGCCUGGCAGCUGGAGGAGAAGAGAGAUCAGCAAACACCAAUCAAACAACUACAAGACACCAUCAACGGCAGGACCGUCCUUUCUGUGGAUGAAAGUCUGACAGAAUCGGUGGGAGUUCGAGCAAAAUACGCUUCACUGUGGAAAGAUACGUUUCUACGAUCUGUGUUUGGGGGCACCAUGUGUCGUAUGUAUCGUUUUCCAACCACGGACGGAAAUCAUUUACGCAUCCUGGAACAGAUGGCCGAAAGCAUCUUAUCUCUCAACAUCCCGCGACAAUUCGUCAAACUAUUACUGGAAGAUGAUUCCACCAGGGUAUCCGAGCUGGAGGAGUUGGGAGAGUUGUCUCCGUGUUGGGAGAAUCUUCGGCGACAGAUCGUGACGCAGUACCAGAGCGUCCUCCUGACCUAUCAGGAUACGAUCACGGACCUGCAGGACUACAAAGGUCCAUCAUUUAAAGCCAGUAAUCUAAAAGCAGAAAGAAAGUUGGAGUUUAUGCCCACCAACCUACAUGUACAAAGAAUGAGAGUUCAGGACGAGUCUGCCUUUGAUCACACUUAUGAUGUGGUGACGCUCGGUGCCCCUGCAGCUCACUGUCAAGGCUUCAAAAAUGGUGGUUUGCGGAAACUCCUCCCAAAAUUCGAGGAAGCAAAGAAACUCAUUUAUGAGGAGGAAUGCAGUGCUCUGUCCAGCUCCCAGUCCAUCGUCUACAUCCCUCAGGAUAUUGUCCGUGCCAAAGAGAUCAUUUCCCAUAUAAACACGCUCAAGACUCAGGUCAGCUACUACACCGAACGAUUGUCACGUGCUGCUAAGGAGCGUUCAGCUAAUGGCAUGGAAAGAACCCUCGCCAUCCUGGCAGAUAAGACACGACAGCUGGUGACCGUGUGCGACUGUAAGUUGCUGGCGUCUGCAGUGCAGGCUCUGAACGCAGCUAGACCAGAGUACAUUGCCUCUAAAAACUCACCCUCGGCUGACUUAGAGCAGGUGGUGCUGAGGAACGAUCAGGACACUCUGCUGGCCAAGUGGAGCGGCGGGAGCAGUCGUUCGUCCCUCCAUGUGGAUUGGCAUGAGGAGGAAUGGGAGAAGGUGUGGGGGAAUGUAGACAAAAGUCUGGAGUGUAUAAUCCAGCGAGUGGACAAACUGCUUCAGAGGGACCGACUGCACACCAGCAGCAACGAGGACAUGCUCCAGAUUGACCAGCAGGGCGGCACCAGUAAGAAAGGUAACGAGAAAAGAAAAGCCUUCUGGAUCAACCCUGUCUGCAUGGAGGAGUCUUCCUCAGAACCACAGCAGCAGUCACCCUCACCAUCAUCAUCAUCAUCACCUGAUCUGAACCCUGCAUGUCCUGCUCAUGCUGAAACAUGUGCCCAUGGCAGCAGCAGUAGUGGAGAAGAGAGUUACCCAGGUGAAUGGAGUGAGGUCCUCUAUCCCCUAUUGACGACUUUAACGGAGUGUGUGGCCAUGAUGAGUGACAAAGCCAAGAAGUCUAUGGUUUUCCUGCUUAUGCAAGACAGCGCACCUACCAUCGCAAUGGACCUAAAUCUGCAGUAUCGGCGAGACGUGGUCUUCUGCCAGACACUCACUGCUUUAAUUUGUGGCUUUAUCAUCAAACUGAGGAACUGUCUCCGUGACGACGGCUUCCUGAGACAACUCCACACCAUUGGUCUGCUCGCUCAGUUCGAGUGUCUAUUAAGUACUUUUGGAGAGGAGUUAGCCAUGUUAGAGGACAUGAACGUUGGAAUAAUGGACCUUCGGAAUGUCACGUUUAAAGUGACGCAGGCCAUCUCUACCUCCUCUCCCGACAUGCUGCCGGUAAUCACCGGAAAUCGAAACGGGUUCAAUGUUCGCAUCCCUCUACCAGGAAGCAUGUUUGACGCGUUGCCGAGGGAGAUUCAGAAUGGUAUGCUCCUUCGGGUACAGCCAGUGCUCUUUAAUGUGGGCAUCAAUGAGCAGCAAACGCUUGCUGAGAAGAUUGGAGACACGUCGCUUCAGGAGGUCAUCAAUGUGGAAAGUCUGGCACGACUGAGCUCCUACUACCAGCAGUCUAAGGAGGUUUUGCCUGAUGACUGUCUUCCUCACUCUCGUAGUCAAACCUGUCUCCCAGAACUACUGCGGUUCCUCGGUCAGAAUGUUCAUGCUAGGAAGAAUAAAAAUGUAGACAUCUUGUGGCAGGCUGCUGAGAUUUGUCGACGACUGAACGGAGUUCGCUUCACCAGCUGUAAAAGUGCAAAGGACCGUACUGCAAUGUCAGUGACUUUGGAGCAGUGUCUGAUCCUGCAGCACGAACACGGCAUGGCACCGCAGGUCUUCACGCAGGCCCUGGACUGCAUGCGCAGUGAGGGCUGUCGCCGUGAGAAUACCGUGAAGAACAUUGGAUGUCGCAAGUAUGCCUUUAACAGCCUGCAGCUCAAGGCCUUUCCUAAACAUUACAGACCUCCCGAUGGCACUUUUGGAAAAGUGGAAACCUGAUGAGACGCGUUUAGAAGGAAUUGAUUCAAUUCAUCAAUCAUAGUGUAGCCCAGAAGUCCUAUACUGUAGAAAUUCAAAACCUUAAAGCAGCUGACUGAUUAUUAAUGUACCACAUUAUGGUGUCUUCAAGCUAAACUACGGUAAAACAGCAAAAGUUAGUUGAUAGUUAUCACAUAUUUACAUUUCAGAGAUCAGCUUGAAGUGGAAAUGUUUACUGAUUUGUAUUUUUAGAUACAGACAAAACCAGUAGGGAAAUAGUUGCAUAUCUGAUUCGUUCUCAAUAUCACUAAACCCCAUAUCUGUGCUACUGUAUCUCCAGUAAUGCUGUAUUUUAUCAUGUAUGUCCUCUGCUUUUCCAUAUACACGUGCACAGUUGUGUGUAGUGUGCUUUGUCUUUUGCCGCAUUACAAUAUUUUUUCCUUUUGGCCUAAAGUCCUCACAUUUCAUGCCCGUGUUAUUCCUCCUGUGUCAUGUUCAUAUUUUGGUCAACAACUUUGCAGCAUUUCUUGCUAAACAUGCAAAGCCUUUGCUGUCAAUUUCCUGUUGAUCAUUUUAAACCUCGUACAUUUAUUAAAUAAUGUAUGUAGUCUAUUCUCUGCCAAUAGAGAUGAUCGGAGCAAAGUGAUCAAGUGAUCAAACAUAGCGGGCAGCAAUGUUUUUUUAAGAGCUUCAUAUACAGAUGAUUUAGAAACAGUGUUCAUGGCCUUUAAUAGGUUGUCAUUUUGUUCUCGUUUUAAUGGGUUAUGUUUUUCAUAAACAUGUUUUUGCUUACAAAGCACCUGUUUGACUUAUGCUUGCACUUUCCAGAGCGACUGUGAAAUGUGAAUCUGCAAACUUUUUGUAUUAAAGGGUUUUUUUUUUGGUUGUGCACUGUCAUUUCUCUUUUUGGACACAACAUUGUUUUAAUUAUUAAAUGUUUAUACAAAUUUAUUUAAGAAAAAAUAUGUUCACAAAUAUUUUGACUGAUCUUGAUUUGUAUUUAUUUGUUUUUAUGGUACUGAUCUUACUGUAUCUUAUACGAUGCCCUUAGAUAUUAUGUCUGUCUAGAACAGAGUUCUGCUAUAUUAUUAAAAUACUGUCAUCAAUAUAUGAUGCUAUUAAAAUGAAAGUA